AUGGGGCGCUGCUCCAGCUUUUUACAGAAAUAUAUUUUUUUCCAAAAUCAAAUUGGCGUGCUGGAGGCAGUUCUGGUUCCUUCAGAUGAAGCCAAUGAGAAGAGGACAUGCUCCAAUGUGGUAUUGUACUUAUUGGCUAAUCCAGUUAUAACAAGAUCGUUGAUGAGAUCUGGUGAGUAUCUUCCGAGCGAUGAGUACAACCAGAGGUUGUAUUUUGCUUGGUCGUAACAGCAACUUCCUUGAAAAAAGAUUCCGUUCCCUUUACCGUAAUAUCUGAAGCCCUGUCGAAGGAAAUGCGGAUGAUAUUCAAGCUGUAA